AUGCUCUUCUCCAACAUCGUACUCGCGGCUUUGGCCCAGAGCUUGACAGUAUCCGCUGCCACCAUGACGGUCACCGUGGCUGCCAACAACAAGUUCCAGUUUACACCCAACUCCAUCACGGCCCAGCCUGGUGAUAUGGUCGCUUUCAACUUCGUCAGCCAGAAUCACAGUGUAGCUUCCUCUGACGCAAACACCCCUUGCCAGCCUCAGCAGAACGCAAUCUUCUCCGACUUCCAGCCCAUCCCUGGUAACCCCAACGGUUCUCCAAACGGUAACGGUGGUGGCAACGCUGGCAACGGUCGCAACCGCAACAACAACCGCCAAGCUGGAAACACCCCCAUGUUCAUGGUUCCCAUCACCGACAACCAGCCUAUGUACAUCUACUGCUCUCAAGCCCAGCAUUGCCAGCAAGGCAUGGUCAUGGUCAUCAACCCACCCAACGCUCAAGCCGUGACCCAGUACCAGAACAAGGCUGCUCAGGCCAACAACAACGUCUCCCCCAGGGGUGGUAUCAGCGGUGGACAGGUGCUGAACAACAACGCUGGAACUAACCCCAAGAACGUUUUGGGUGCUCAGGCGGGUGAUGCGGCAACGGCGAACACAAAGGGCAAGGGCAAGGGUAAGGCCAACGGUGCCGCUGCUGGUCUGGCUGGUCUUCUCGGAGGUCUUGGCAAGGGCAACUAA